AUGUCCGAAGAACGAGUCGACGUAGAACUCGACGAUAACGGGUUUGGACUGGAUGUCAGCAGACCUACCCGAAGGUCAAACUCUGCCAACUCUGCUGGCGAAUCGUCGUCGGAGGGCUCGUCUGGCGCCAAUUCCCUCAAGUCAGUUGGCUCGGAGAACUCAUCCGGCAACGGAGGCAACUCCUCGGGUAACUCCUCGGGUAACUCCUCGGGUAACUCUUCCGGUAACUCAGGCAGCUCCGGCACUCUUUCGGGGUCCUCGUCGUCGAUGUUUUCCAACGGCAAUGUGUCGAGUGGGUGGACAGACGACAGCGCCGAAAAGCCCGAUCUUGCUCCGCGGUCGGUAGCUUCCGUUCCGGCCCAAGCCAAGCCCACCAAGUCGAAACUGUCGAUGGAAUCCCUCGAUUCACUCGAAUCCAACUGUCUGUACAUCUUGAACCUCGAUUGGUGGACAAAUGAGGAGAUUGUGCGUGGGUGGGCCGUGGACUGUGGGUUUGAGGACUCCGUGGAGACCGUGGUUUUUGACGAACACAAGCCCAACGGCAAGUCCAAGGGAGUGGUUUACAUGCAAUUUGCGUCUCUGGCCGCAGCUAGAGCCGUGAAACAGCACGUUGAACAGCUCUCGCCACGCACACAGUCCCCCGGCUCGCAAUCCGAGGACGUCGCCUACAUUGUAUCGUAUGCACAGCCCACGUCAACGCCAUUCCAGCAGUCUCAGGGCUCUCGCUACCGCGAGAACAUCAACAACAAUCCUAGCAUUCGAAGCCGCUAUGUGAGUUUGGUCAAGGCCGGCACCAACAAGAAGCCCAGCAGCGACCGAGGUCGCAGACGCAACCCCAACCAGACUCUCAACAACGGCCCCAACCACAAGAAUGGAUACCGAAACAACAGACACAAUAGCGGCGGCAACAGCAGCGGCAAUAGCGGCAAUUACAACAACAAUAAUUACAACAAUAAUCACUACGACCGAGGCCGCCCUUACCGCAGCAACGGUAACGGCAUGAGUCAUGGACAUAACACUCCAUCCAACGCCAUGAACAUGAAUAACAUGAGCAUGAACGGCAUGACCAACAUGACCAACAUGACUAACAUGACCAACAUGACUUCAAUGGACAUGAACAACAUGAACAUGAACAUGAACAUGGCAAUGAUGGGGAUGAUGCCCAUGAACUGGGGCAUGUACUAUCCCAACUCCGGGAUGUUGCCAGCUGGUGACAAGCCCGCUGCAGGCCCUCCUGCCAUGCCUCAGUAUUCUCCACCUCCGAAGUCUCAGUACGGAGACGGCAACGGUAACGCCUACAAAAGGGUCCGACCCAACUAA